CCAGGCGUCCUCAAUCCGGUCUGGUAAAUCCAAAUCCCACUGUUCCCCAGCACAAUCAUCCCAGACUCAUGUGGUAUCGCAACAACCUUUGUCUUCCGUUCAGUCUUUCAGGAUCGCUCUUCUUGCCUCGAUACUCUGAUCAAUCAUACCUGGCUUUGUUUUUUUUUUGCAAUCCUAAGUUGCCAAGCUGCGAUCAUGUUCGACAAUGAGGGAAUGUCUAAGAACGAGACCGUGUCCAACAGCGAGACCGUGGCCAACGGCGAGGACAUGCCCGGCAACGAGGCUAUGUCCAACAACGAGGACAUUUCCAGUAACGAAGACGUGCCCGACAACGAGACUAUAUCCGACGACGAGACCAUAUCCGACAGCGAGACUGUGUCCAACAGUGAGGUCAUGUCCAGUAGCGAGGCCGUACCCGGCAAUUAGGCUAUGUCCAACAACGAGACCGUGUCCGCCGACGAGACCAUGUCCAACAGCGGAACCGUGUCCAACAGUGAGGCCAUGCCCGGCAACCAGGCCAUAUCCAACCACGAGGACGUUUCCAGCAACGAGGACAUACCCGGCAAGGAGGGCAUGCCCAGCAACGAGGAUACGGUUCAGGACACCAAGAACAAGCCGCGGUACAAAGACAACGGAUGAUUACUUGUGGUACGCGAACAACAGAAACGGGCGCCGCGCCAACCUUCCGCCAUUCAGUGUCGAGCAGGCAUGACGACUGCUCUGAAGCCAUGUGCCCACAAUCAGUCCACUAACUCUAUCCAGAACAAACGGCUCUGGCUCUAUCCAGGCAAGAUUUAUUGCCGAUUUGAGGUCCAGCCU